GGCGCCUGGGCCGGCCGGCGCCAAUCUGGCCCGCGCACAGCUCCGCGGUCUCCUAGCGACGCGGGCGGCCGGGAAUACACACGACGAAGGCGCGGCUGUCGUUCGGGAGCCGAGGAGACCAUGGCCGAGCCCAGGCGGCUGUGCGAGCCGGCGGCGCCUACCCGGGGGCCAGCGGGCGGGACCUGCGGGCCGCGGUACAAAGAGAAUCUGCCUUCCAAGUGUUUGACAAAGCACAGGCACUGCCCCACCUUCCUGAACAGUCUGCGGUGGACAUUUGUGAAGAAGGGACUUGAUGACUUCAGGAGAGGCUGCCCGCCUUACGAGGGUCUGAUCACUUGGGGACCUCCGGAGGCCUUUCUCCCCCAGAUCCAUCACACAGCUCCCCGACCUGCCUCAAAGAAGAGGCAGCACAAGUGGCCCAAGGAAGCAGCCCUGUUUUCCAAGCUCUCACCAGCCCAGCAGGCACGGAAGGCCUUCCUGGUGGACGCUGAGACCCAGGUGGCCCUGCACCCUUUGGCUCUCUACCCUAAUCUGGGGGAAGACAUGCCUGUCGAGCUCUUAUUAAAGGUGCUGGAAGUGCUGGAUCCGGACAGGAAACUGGAGGACACAUGGGCUUAUUGUCAGGGUGUUGGGAAAAGAACAAAGGAACCAGCCAAACUCUUAAAAAAACGUUCUACCCAAGUCGACCUGGGACUUCCCGAGAAGACUCCUGUGUCACAUCCAGGUCAAUGGCUUUAUGAAGAAAAGAAGCCCAGUGAAACAGAUUUGCUCCAUGAAGAUGGUCCUCUUCCUCAUGAAAAUGUGCGCAAAGGAGUUAGGGACUUCUGCGACUGGGCUACUGCUUUUGGAAGUUCAAACAUUGAUGAAGAGUUCAUCCUGAAGCAGUUUGACAUCGACUAUCAGAGCAAACCAAGCCACGAUGUGCCCCUCACAAUGAGACUCAGCCAGGCUCCUCUGGAGCUCAAGAAGAGACCGGGGUUAAAGAAACUGCAGGGGCCACAGUUUUCCCAGAAACUAGGCCAUGAGCAGAAACACCAGAAACCACAGAAUCCUCAUAAACCAAAGUGUGUGAAGAUGAGGUAUGGAGCGUGGUAUCUGGACACCAAGUUGUGGAAAAAGCAAAGAGCAGAUGAACCUUUGGUUGACCCCGAGGUCUCAUGUAAGGCUCAAGAUGAGAAUUUUAAAAAGGAGCUGCAGGAACAGGCGGACUAACUCCCUAAGAGAUCCUUCUGCGCUCACCGCCUACUCCGUGCCUUAAACGUUGCAACACCCUUAAACCUGCUACGUUACUACCCUACCUGAGGAAGGAAGUCUGUGACUACAAGGUACUCAUGUCCUGUUUUGUGAUAGCACGUCCUGACUUAUGGGAAACUCCUUUAACUACUCCUGAUCUAAUCUUCGUGGAUGGGUCAUACCGCAGAAAUGAAAAAGGGGAUUUUCAAGCUGGCUGUGCUAUUACUGCCCAAGAUGACCUACUCGAAAGAGCAAGCCUUCCCUAGGCUCCAUCCCCGUAACAGACAGAGCUCCCAGCCUUUACCGAGCGUGCCAGCUCUCAGGAGGACAAACUUAGUAUCUAUACUGAUAGCAUGCCUUUGGGGUCGUCCAUGAUUAAGGGACGUUACAGAAACAAAAGGGCUUUCUUAUGUCCUCUGGGACUCAGUCAAAAAUGUGCAACAGGGAAAUGACUGGGCACAUGGGGAUGAAAUCCAUUCUGCUUUUGCAAAAAAAUGACCCCUCCUCGCCAGAUUGUGGCUAUCCUGCUCUCCUUGUAACACGGCAACCUUCUGCACCUGAAUCAGAAAUUAAGAUGGUAAACUACCGGGGCGAUGGGAAACUCAACAGCUGCUUGGUUCUUGCUGGCUCCCUGACAAAGCCCACUCUUUGGUUUGUGCAUUACCGAACCCCCUACAGGGCAUUUAAGAUGAGCUCAAAUCAUGAACUGACACUGGGCAGGGAGACAUCUCUAAAACUGUGCAGAUAGCCUGCAGCAAUGUCUGACCGGCCGGUUCACAAUCCCAGAGAAACUGUUUUUGUCUCCAAAGGCCUCAGACUCCUCCCCCUGGACCCUGGGAACACCUGCAGCCAGACUUCAUUCAACUGCCCCUUCACGUGGAUUAUCGAUCUGUUCUGUUACUGCGUGUGCUUUCCGGAUGGGUUGAAGCCUUCCCCUGCUGCAAGGCUGAAGUCCCCACGAUGGCAAAGAAACUGUCAGAGAACGUGUUUCCCACCUGGAGGAUAUCUUCCACAAUCUCCAGCCAUCAAGGCACCCACUUCACUUGGGAAAUCACAUGAGGCUUAAUGAAAACCUUGCAAACUUUGGAAUUAUCAUUGCCUUUAUCACUCGGAAUCAUCAGGCGAGGUUGAGAGGACUAAUGGGAUCCUCAAACUUAACAUUUCUAAACUUGCUGAAAUCACUGGACUCCCCUGGCUUAAGGUAUUGCUUUUGGUCUUCCUGACUGUUUGCAGCAGCCCCUUUGGGAAACAUAAACUCAGUCCGUAGGAGAUAGUCACGGGCAGACCAAUGUCUUCUACAACCUUCUGCUGGUCCCUCAUUGUCUCAUGCCAGUAUGACCAGCUACUGUAACUCCUUACUGUCUGAUGCUCAAGCAUAUCGUCAACAGAUUAAAGAAGAUUUAAUCUGAUCCCAAUUCAAGGCCACAGUCUAGAGCCUGGUGAUUGGGUAUUCCAGAAGCAUCACCAGAGGAAGACAGCCCUGGAGCCCCAUUAGAAGAGAUCCUGCCAGAUACUCCUGACCACUGACACUGCUACAAAACCAGAGGGUGCUGAGCCCUGGAUACACACCCCACCGCUAAAGAAGGCUCCACUUGACCUCUGAUCCUCUACAGAUGCUGGAGACCUGAAUCACACAGAUGGGGAAGAGAAGUACCUGGAGCCAAAGUCGACUGCUUCUACCCGAGGCAUGGAUUAACACUUCAUACUUUGACUAAACACGAAACCCCUUCUUCUUCUCUUUCUUUUCAUUACUCUAACAUUGGCCAGGAGGGAUAAUUCCAUCAUCUGUAUCUCUCAGUCCAUUGCUAAGGGAGGCAAACUUGGCAGAUUACUGGAUUCGUCAUGAUGCAAGAGACCCCUGGUCCUCCCUGGGACCAAUUUCUCUUAUAUCCCCAUGUCACCACAAGCUACAGUUGACUCCUGCUUACAAACAGGUACCCAAGUAGACACAUUUACUUAUGUGGAUCUUUGUACAUUUGCACCCCCACAUCCCUGUGUCUAUCAAGAUCAGAUCUGCCCCCACUCCCCAAGAGAUCACACCAGCAGGACCCAUCUUUGUCAGGCAUUUAGGAUGACUUUUUAUUUCAGACUAGGCUAUUCUCUUCCCAUAUGCACUAAAAACCUGACUGACCCCUGGUGUAGGAGUAAAUACAAAUGAGACUAUGAUCAGAAACUUCUUAACUCCUGGAGACAUCGCAGAUUCCAUUGCUAAAACACUAGCUGCCCAACAAAGAUCCUUAGACUUUCUGGCCCAAGUUGUUCUUGAUAACAGGAUUAUCUUUCAGCUGAGCAAAGAGGAGUCUGUGCUAUGGCCAACAUCACAUGCUGCACCUGGAUUAACACUUCUGGGGAAGCUGAAACUCGGUUACAUAACAUCACUGAGCAAGCCACUUGGCUUAAGGGGUGACUCUUACAACUGGGUCAUUCUUUGAUUGGUUUGGUCUCAGGGACCAUGGUUCCAAAGUGCACUCCAAACAUUGGGAAUGAUCCUGCUUACAGUUACCAUAAUAAUCUCCCUGGUGUGUCCCAUUAUCUCGAAAGCUUGAAAUGCAUGUUUGUAGCCGUUUAUCACCAAGCAAAUGAUCUCCCAAAGACUGGAAUAUCGAAGAAGAGAUGAAGAGAAUGACUGGCUAAAAAAUUGUGGGCCUGAAGUCACAACCUGUGAACACCACAGCAAUUCAUCAAAGAAACGGGAUCAACAAAAGCUUUUAGAACUACAGACCACCAGCUGAGAGCGGCACUGAUGUCCUCGAUUUUUUUUUUAAGAUUUUGUUUAUUUGACAGAGAUAGAGACAGCCAGCGAGAGAGGGAACACAAGCAGGGGGAGUGGGAGAGGAAGAAGCAGGCUCCCAGCGGAGGAGCCCUACAUGGGGCUCGAUCCUAGAACGCUGGGAUCACACCCUGAGCCGAAGGCAGACGCUUAAAGACUGAGCCACCCAGGCGCCCCCUCAAUUUUUAUCACACCUCUCAGUUCAGCUCACAGUUUGAUGAAGGGGGCGGGGGAAUAAUUAAAAAGAAACAACAGGUCCAAAACGGAGUCACUUAUGUUAAGCCCCACCGAGAAUUAAUACCUAAUCUAAUUGCAGUUUCAGCCAGAAAUGGGGUGCGAUAAAGAGGUUAUUAGCAAAAGAAAAGAAAGGCUUGUGGUAGGCAAGGUCACCUCCCUUAGAGGGAAAGCCUGGUGAUCUUGCAGACCACUGGCUAGUACUCAUCAGGAAAUUCCAGACUGGUUUAAAAUCCCGCCCCUGGGGAAGAAAGCUGAACCAGCAGUUAGGUUAGGUAUUAAAUAUUGGUGGGGCUUAACAGAAGUGACUCCAUUUUGGGCCUGUUGUUCCUUUUUAACAGAUCGAAAAAUUAUGGGCAUAUUGUCAAGGGGAAAAAACACUCAUGUCUUGCUCUACCACUCUCAGUUCUGGUCACCAAAUGUGUCAGGUCUUUUUUCUCCACACCAAGCAAUUCUCUGAUUCUCCAGACACCAGCUGGGUGUCCUACAAUUUAACUCAAGUCUGCCACUGUCUGCCUGGCAUUGGCAUCAGACCUGACAGGGUAAGGGCUCAGUUUCGCAACCCUGCCCCCACUUCUGAUGCCAGUCGCAAGUCAGGUUUUCACCUGUGCUCCUGACCAACCAGCUGUGCGUUAGAGGUCCCCACACCUCCUUCUCGGGUUCUGUCAUCUGCUCGAAGGACUCAGGGAAACAGCUUACUUACUAGAUAAUGGGUUUAUUAAGAGGGCUAUAACUCAGAAAUAGCCAGAUGCAUGGAGCAAGGUAUAUGGAAAGGGGUGCAGAGCUCCUGUGCCCUAGCUGAGCACACCACCCUCCCAAAACGUCCACAUGGUCACCAACCUGGGAAGCUCUCUGAACCUUGUCCUUUUGGGCUUUUAUGGCAGCUUUAAUACGUAGGCAUGAUUGGUUACAUCAUUGGUCAUCCGUGAUUAAUUCAGCCAGAGAUUGCAGGAUGGAGCCGAAAGUUCCAACCCUGUCCUCACAGGGUGGUUUCAUCUGGCAACCAGACCCCACCCUGUGGCUCACUCAGGGCUUUCCAAAAAUCACCUUGUUAACAUAAUCUGUGUUGCGGGUAAAAGCGGCUAGUUACGUAUAACAAAGAUUUCUCCUUCUGCUGUUGUGGCUCUUAUCACUCGGGCAAUUGCAAUGUUUUAGGAGCUCUGUGCCAGGAAUGGGAAGAAGACCAAAUGUAUAUAGUUCUUAUUAAAAAUCACAGGAUCACGCUUGUUAAUCUCAAAUCGGUUAGAUUCCAGCCAUCUGGGCUUAAUAAUUGUCUAAUUGCUAAAAAGUGUUGCUUCUCCUUAAUACAAGGGUCAGAAGAAAGGGUAGGGAAAGGAGAGAAAGUUGGUCAUCUUUUGAAGGCCUUUAUAUUCAUCAACUCAUGAACGAUAUCUACACAUACACUUGCAGAAGAGAAGGAAGUGAUUUAAAAUGAGGUAAUUUAUAAAGAGCUGGCUGCUUUUAAUUAGGGCAAGCGUGGAAUCAAACUUCUGACAGCUGGUUUUGGUUUUGGUUUUGUCUUUGUUUUUGUUUUGAUGCGGGUCCUCUUUCAGGAGGAGUUACUUGCAGACCUUCAUGGAACCACUGCCUUUAAGGAUUUCAUUCUAAGCAGGGGCUCCAAGAUGCCAAGCGUGAGUAAAGGGUCAUUUCAGAACGACUAGCUGAGGGGCUCACAGUUGUCGAUGGGACGGGGUCAGCGCCCUACCGAAAGCAAAAUACAGUUGACUCUUGAACAAGACGGGCUUAAACUGUGCAAGUCCACUUAUACGUGAAUUUUUUUUUUUUGAUAAAUACAGUACAAUACUGGAAAUGUAUUUUCUCUUAUAAUUUUCUUAAUAACAUUUUUUCUCUAGCUUACUUUAAUGUAAGAAGACAGUAUGUAAUAUAUAGAACACACAAAAUAUAUGUUAAUCCCCCAGGAAGGCUUCUGGUCAACAAUGUAGACUAUUAGUAAAGUUUUUGGGGAGUCAAAAUUUAUACAUGGAUUUUCAAUUGAGUGGUGGGGCGGUGUGCUCCUAAUUCCUGUAGUAUAUUGUUCAAGGGUCAACUGUACUUUUCAUAGCAGGACUCAGGCCCCUGGAAGAAAGCGCAUGCUUUUCCCUAGACAAAGGCCCGGAGAUAGGAUUUGGCUUUUGCUUUUUUUUUAUUCUGCUUAUUUGAUUUCUGCUGUCAGAGGUGCUGUCUUCCUGCUGACUCACCUGCCUUGAGUUUGGCCUUAAUGGGACCAAAGUGAAAGGGGCCUAUGUGCAGGGUGUGUACCUUGCAAACUCUGUCACUCAAACACUCUGAAGUCUCUAGAAAGUCUGAGUGUCUUUUACUUCCACAUCUAAGGACAAAGAACUGUGGCUUGGGUCAGGACAAAAUGGAAUUGAGAUUUACAAUAGUGUUGUACUGUGGGGUCAGUCUUCUGUGGAAACAGAACAGGGCAAAAGUUCACUUUCUGGGGGCCCACCAGUAUCUUCCAUGUUUUCCCCACUUUUUCUUACCCCCCCUCUCUUAACUUGUAAAGCUAGCCCCAGCUGCCUCCCAUGUGGAGCGGCCACUGUUGGAAGGCCACGUGCCACGUAGGUGGGGUGGGCGGUUGGCAGAGCAGACCAUUUUUAGCAGGAGGGCCUCAGAGCCUAGAGUUCUGUGCCCAGACCAGCCCUGUCACCACAGCAAGAAACCAGUUAGCCAGGCUGCCCAAGUCGUAGCUGUUAAGUCAUGCAUUUAUCCAGUGUCCUCCAUGCGCACAUCCCAUGUGUCUUUAGGAAGCCGUGCAGCCAACAUGAAGUUCUCAGGAAAUGCAAUACUGGAUUUCUUCUUUUCCAUGAAUCACAGAACUAACAAUAGCUUAUUCUUUUGGCAAAUAAAUAUAUUGAUCAAGCUCAGAUCCAGACUGGUUUCAAAGUUAAUGUGAGGGGAAGUCUAGAGUAUGAGGUAGAGAGGGGUGAAAGACUCCAUGACAGGACUGGGAUGGAAUAUUGUCCUUUAGCCUUGAGCAUCAAUAAUAGGCCUGUGAGAUAUAGUGAACACAAUCAUACACACUUAUGUAUAUAACUGCCUAUAUUUACAUGUAUGAUAUAAUAUUUUUAAAGAUUUAUUUAUUUUAGAGAGAGAGAGCACAUGCAGGGGGCAGAGGGAGAGGGAGAGAAUCCCAAGGAGACUC